GUAACACAACUUCUCGUUAUGCUAAUUUGACACCGAAGUGAAGGCUGGUGGAAAAAACUUCUCCAGACGUGCACCAUUUUCAGACGAUGACCCCGGUUCUGUGAGGGGAGUCAGUGCUGUACAUAUCCGUGCGAGGGUCUUCAGACACCGGUCUGCUCAAGCCAACGGCCCGCUCUGUUUUUUUACAGCCACUGUUAGCCUGCGGAUGCUAACUUCAGUUAGCCUGAAGCUACCGUCGCUAGCUUCCAACUCGCCACAGAGCAGGAGGACGAGCUGAGCAGGACAGAAUUCCUGCUGAUUUUUCUCCGCUUUAAUUGUCCCACCGGUUCGCCGCCAGCACAGUGAGUGAUGUGGAGAGUAACUCUACAAGCGUCCGGUGUUUUGCUGUUGGCCUGGUUCUUCGGGAACUUUGUUCUGGGUUGGUUUCAACAGAAUAACGUCAAACCCCAAACGCAGCACAGCGAGCAUCCGAGCGGAGCAGCAGACAGCCCGGACCAGAGCUGCCUCUGCCAUCUCACAGGAGUCCUGGACGACUGCUUCUGUGACGUCGAAAGCAUCGAUGUCUUCAACAACUUCAAGAUUUACCCUCGCAUGAAGAAGCUGACAGAGAGAGACUACUUCAGAUACUACAGGGUGAACUUAAAGCGUCCUUGUCCUUUCUGGCCUGAUGACGGACACUGCUCCAUCAAAGACUGUCAUGUGGAGCCCUGUCCUGAGAGUAAGAUCCCUGUUGGCAUCAAGUCUGGGAACUACAACAAGUACUCCCAUGCAGCGAAUACGAUGUCAGACAUGACAGAGUGUGAGCAGGCCAAAGAGCUGGGCGCCAUCAACAGCACCCUGAGUAGCCAGAGUAAAGAGGCGUUCGCUGACUGGGCGAGACAUGACGACGCUCAGGACCACUUCUGUGAGCUGGAUGAUGAAACCUCUCCAGAUGCAGAGUACGUGGAUCUGCUGCUGAAUCCGGAGCGAUUCACUGGAUAUAAGGGUCCUUCAGCUUGGAGAGUCUGGAACAGCAUCUAUGAGGAAAACUGCUUCAAGCCCAGAUCAGUGUACCGACCUCUGAACCCUCUGGCUCCCAGCAGAGGAGACGACGAUGGAGAAGGUUUCUACAAUUGGCUCGAAGGUUUGUGUUUAGAGAAGCGAGUUUUUUACCGCCUCAUCUCCGGCCUCCACAGCAGCAUCAACAUCCACCUGUGCGCCGAGUACCUGCUGGACGAGGGCUGGGGCCGGUCAGUGUGGGGCCCAAACAUCCAGGAGUUUCGGCAGCGCUUCGACACGGCCGAGACAAAGGGCGAGGGCACGCGGCGUCUGAAGAACCUUUACUUCCUCUACCUGAUCGAGCUGCGGGCGCUUUACAAGGUGGCUCCGUACUUCGAGCGAGCCUUCGUCAACCUGUACACCGGAAACGCUCAGGAGGACGGAGCCACCAAAGACCUGCUGCUGCAGAUCUUCAGUGAGCUCAAAUCUUUCCCGAUGCACUUCGAUGAGAGGUCCAUGUUCGCCGGACACAAAAUGGAAGCCAAAACACUGAAGGAGGAAUUCCGCCUCCAUUUUAAAAACAUCUCCAGGAUCAUGGACUGUGUCGGCUGCAGUAAAUGUCGAUUGUGGGGAAAACUUCAGACUCAGGGUCUGGGCACGGCUCUGAAGAUCCUUUUCUCUGAGAAAGAGAUCAAGAACCUCCCCGAACACAGCCCGUCUAAAGGCUUCCAGCUCACUCGACAGGAGAUCGUGGCGUUGAUGAACGGCUUUGCCAGGUUGUCCACCAGUAUACAACAACUCCACAAUUUCCGCCUGCUGUUGAAGGAGAACAGGUAACAGGAGGGGACGCCUUACCCGGCCGGUAGGCGGCGCCGGCCCACCGCGAACUGCAAUAGUCUAACCCUCACGGGGAGAAGGCCUUUUUUAUGGACAUCAGGAUCAGCAGUAAAAUUAAAAACACCCACUUCCCCCUUUUUUUCCGAUAAAUUUAAUUUCCCCUCUAUAACAUCCUCCUCCUUCGUCUGGUAGAUCAUGAAUGUUAACUCUUCUGCCUCCUCUUGCCUUGGUCAGAAACGUUUUUUUUUCUUCUCUGCUGUCAAACUUGUCAGUAAGUUACAAACUCUGACCCCUGCAACUUCAGUUAAUUUGGUCUUUUUUGGAAAAGCGGCAGUUUGGUUGUGACAUUUCGACAACCUGAAGGAAAUAAUCAGACGUUUGGAAGGACGUGAUGCAACAGACCGAACCCUCAGCAACCAGACGGACUCGUGAUGCCUGGGUGCAGAUUAAACUGCAUUCAACAGGAAGGGACUGAGUUUGAGUUAAAGCCGUCUGAGAAAAUUUAAGUCACUUCACAGUUCAUUUCUCCUCCUUUGCUAAUCCCGCCCUCUGCUGACAUCACAUCCUGUUGGAUUUUACAUCCAUGAACCUGAUUCAGACCUUUACGGCUCCUCCGUAAGGAUGUAGAAAGACUUUGUCCUGAGGUUGACUCGGUUCGUUUAGAUGAAAGUGCGUCCGAACCGUCGGGACGCUGCUGCCUGUCUUGUUUUUAUUUGUUCUUUCCUCUUCCUCCUCCUCUCAACGUCUCCUGUUGUUUGUUGCUCGUAGCCUGAGGAUCUGGACUAAUCUGCUCAUGUUUACGAUGUAAGGCCUAUUUUAUGUCAGCUUGUUGGAAGUUGCGUGUGUGUGUGUUUUGUAUGGGAGGAGUUACCACCAGCCACGAAGCGGUGAGGUUUUGCUGCAGCUGAUAAGAACGUAGCCGCCAUGGAUUAACUGGUCGCCUUUGACGCGUGUUGAGACCAGACAACAGUUGUGUCUGCCCGGUCGCUACAUGCAGAGUCGAUGACACCUGUUGAGCCGAUCGGGGGGGGGGGGGUCACCAGUCAAUAGUCAAUCGCAGGGCUGGACCAUAGAGGCAGACAACCAUGCACUCUCACAUUCACACCUACAGGUAGUUCGGGGUCGCCAGUUAACCUGCAUGUCUCUGGACAGUGGGCGGAAACCAGAGAAAACCCGGUUGACUGUAACAUGGUGAAAAUGGCUGGUAGAGCUGCAACGAUCUGCUGUCUAAUCGAUGAGUCAGUCGGCAAAAAAUGAAUCGGCAACUGUUUUGAUAAUCGAAUAAUCCUUUUGAGUCGUUACCUAAGAAGAAAAGUUUGGUUCCAGCUUCUCCAGUGUGAUUAUUUUCUGCUCUCUUUGGUCUUCUGCAGUUGUAAACAGAAUAUUUUAGGCUGUUGUUCGAUCAAUCGAUUAAUCAAGACAGUAAUCGUCGGAUUAAUUGAUAAUGAAAAUGACCAUUGGUUGCAGCCCUAAUGGCCGGUGAGUUGAAGAUUCAUCAGCUUUCUGCAAAAAUAAGAGAUUUUGGUUUCCAACAUUUGCCCAACAUCUCUUGAAUCAAUAUAAAUUUCUUUAGUAGAGCGGGGUUGAACUUCGGUAGAAUCUCUGGUCAGCGUAGGUUUCUGUGUGGAUUUUAUGAACUUGAGAAGUUUUGCCGUGCGUACGACAAGUGUGAGCGAAGAGAGAAAAAGAAAACCAAAUAUGCUUUGUUUCCCACCAACGGAGCACACAAGCGACAGAAAUCGAAUUCGGAUUACAGACGGAAAACUACCCGACCCAAAGAUCUACCAAAGU